UCCAAGGUUCCCAGGCAGGAUCAGGCAUUCAUGUGGAACUGGCAAUGGCUGAAGAUGGAGACCAGUACAGUGCCUUGUCUGAACCCGAUGCAGAGAGCCUAAAGGAAAAGAAGAAAGACCCGGGCAAGAACUGCAGUACACUAGUGUACUCUGUCACCGACAUACCACCCUGGUACCUCUGCAUCCUGCUAGGGAUUCAGCACUACCUGACAGCUCUGGGUGGUCUUGUAGCCAUCCCUCUGAUCCUGUCCAAAGAGCUUUGCCUGCAGCAUGACCCCCUGACCCAGGGUCACCUGAUCAGCACCAUCUUCUUUGUCUCAGGAAUUUGUACCCUCCUUCAGGUCCUCUUUGGAGUCAGGUUGCCCAUUCUCCAAGGAGGGACUUUUGCGUUCUUGACUCCUUCUCUUGCCAUGCUCUCCCUUCCUAACUGGAGAUGCCCUGCGUGGACGCAGAAUGCCAGCCAAGUGAAUGCUACUUCACCAGAGUUCAUCGAGGUCUGGCAAUCGAGGAUGCGAGAGCUGCAGGGAGCCAUCAUGGUCGCUUCCUGUUUCCAAAUCUUUGUUGGGUUUUCUGGCCUGAUUGGAUUUCUGAUGCGAUUCAUUGGUCCUUUGACCAUCGCCCCAACCAUAACCUUGGUUGCGCUGCCUCUCUUCAACUCUGCAGGAGAUGAGGCUGGCUCACACUGGGGCAUAUCAGCCAUGGCCAUUUUCUUCAUAGUUCUGUUCUCUCAGUACCUGAAAAAUGUGCCUGUGCCACUGCCAUCUUACCAAGGAUCCAGAAAGUGCCACUUCUCUAAGGUGUACCUCUUCCAGAUCUUCCCCGUUCUUCUUGGCCUCGCCAUUACUUGGCUGAUAUGUUUUGCACUCACUGUUACCAAUGCCUUCCCCUCGGACGCUGCAGUUUAUGGCUAUCUGGCUCGGACUGACAUCAAAGGAGAUGUUCUGUCCCAAGCACCCUGGUUCCGGUUCCCAUAUCCAGGCCAAUGGGGAGUUCCAACAAUCAGUUUGGCUGGGAUAUUUGGCAUCAUAGCUGGAGUGAUUUCCUCUAUGGUGGAGUCGGUAGGCGAUUACUAUGCCUGUGCCCGACUGUCUGGUGCCCCGCCCCCUCCAAAGCAUGCUAUCAACCGUGGAAUUGGAGUUGAGGGAAUUGGCUGUCUUCUGGCUGGGGCGUGGGGAACAGGGAAUGGCACCACUUCUUACAGUGAGAACGUUGGAGCGCUGGGAAUCACCCGGGUAGGAAGUAGAAUAGUGAUCGUUGCUGGUGGCUGCGUGUUGCUUGUGAUAGGCAUGUUUGGGAAGGUCGGCGCUGUGUUUGCCAGCAUACCAACACCCCUGAUUGGAGGACUGCUCCUUGUGAUGUUUGGAAUCAUAACUGCUGUGGGAGUUUCCAAUUUGCAGUAUGUGGACAUGAACUCCUCAAGAAACCUGUUUAUCUUUGGAUUCUCUAUAUAUGCGGGUCUGGCAAUUCCCAACUGGGUAAACAAAAAUUCUCAAGUGCUUGAAACAGGAAUUCUCCAGCUAGACCAAGUGAUACGAGUGCUCCUCACCACUGGCAUGUUUGUAGGUGGAUUCCUGGCGUUUAUCCUUGAUAACACGAUUCCAGGAAGCCAGGAAGAGCGAGGACUCUUAGCAUGGAAAGAGACCUGCCAGGAGGAGUGUGACGAGACGCGCGUUUUGGAAGUCUACAGUCUUCCAUUUGGGAUAGGCACCAAGUUCUGCACCUCCUUUUGGGUUCAGUACCUCCCAACUUGCCCCCAAAGGCUAUCUGGAUCCAAGAGAAAGGAAGAACCAAAGAGCCUCAAACAGGAAAACAGUUUCAAAAUAAGAUCAGAAGGAGAACCAGAGAUAGACAUUGAUACAAGGAUAUAA